AUGUUAGAACAUUUCUGUGAAUGCUAUUCUGAUCUAAGUGGUCUUAUUCUGUGUCCCGUGCUAGGAAGCAUUACUCCUCUUUUCAUUCCAAAUUCAAGAAUACGACCGAUACGAUUGAUUGGUCUGUGCGUCUCUCUUAUUACUUUUUUGUAUCCCCCUGUUCUUCGGAUACAAUUCGACCCUUCUACGGCCAAAUCUCAAUUUGUGGAAAGCCUUCGAUGGCUUCCUUAUGAAAACAUAAAUUUUUAUUUGGGUAUAGACGGUAUCUCUUUAUUCUUCGUGAUAUUGACCACAUUUCUGAUCCCUAUUUGCAUUUUAGUGGGUUGGUCUGAUAUGAGAAGUUAUGGGAAAGAGUAUAUUACAGCAUCUCUAAUUCGUGAAUUUCUAAUGAUUGCCGUGUUCUGCAUGCUGGAUCUUCUACUAUUCUAUGUUCUUUCCGAAAGUGUGCUAAUCCCUAUGUUGUGCGGAGCUGAGCAUCUUCUAUUCGCUGGGAUAAAGCUUUUCCUCUGCAGGGGCCUUGUGCAGUAAACCUCCUGUGGGCGGUCGUCCGUCGUCGUAAAGUAGUCCCCGCGAAGCUUUCGGGAAGAGGGGUAGUCUUGUGUGUAAGCAUAGCAUUUCUGGUCGAACCCGCCCAACCCAACUAAUAAGAACCGAACCUGACAGAUACAUCUUUUUUCUUUUGGGAGGGUACUCCGAGUAGUGGGUAUCUUGUAGGACCUCGACUCGCCUACUAAGAUCUUGUAUGGAUAUGCAGGAAGGGGUGCUCCUAGGUGUGUGUAGGGGUUGUGUUUGUUCGCGAGAAUGGAUUCCUCGUCAAGUCAGUUUGGGGGGUGUGGACACACUUGCGCGAAUUUGGGUAACGGCUACAAGGGAAAAAUCGAAAGGAAACUGUACCCGACUAGGGAUGGACGUAAACUCGUAAGCUACCGAGGGUAGGGAUAAUCGUCCAGGUCUUAUUGUGAAAGAAAAAAAGCCGCCCCGCCACAGCAGGCGGGUUGCCUCCUUUGUCGUCGCCGGGGAGCUCUUGGUGAGGAGACCUUAUGAAAAGUUGCUAAAAUAAAGAGAGGGAGGAUCAACCCGUUUAGUAUAAUUCCGAAGAAAGACUGACUGUUGUUGGCAGCAGGUAGAGACAUUUUUUUGGUCCCUUCAAAAGGAAAUGCGGGCAGGGUAGAGCUCGACAGAGGGUUCGAGAAUAGGGUAGGGUCCUGCCUUAAAAGAUUCAGAUAAGAAAAGAGUUACAAACUUUCACCACAAGUUCCGGCCAGGAUGAUUGAGAAGAUCAAACUAAUUUGAACCGCUCACAUCACAGUAGUAGUGUAAAGGCCGUAAGUCGGGGGCGGCUAUAACAUAAGGCUAUUACUUUCACACCUCUCUCUAUCUAUAGAUAGAGAGAUCCGCUGCGUGAGCAACCCGACCGUGCCUUACAUGUGCUUUAUAGGCCGCACUCCAUCUUUUUUCCCAACGAGCCUCUUUUUCUUUUGAUUUGGAAGACGGGCAUCUUCCGCAACGCAAGCACCAUUGUUCGCCGCCACCCGAAAAGCAAAAGAUUCGAGAGUCCAGCCUUAAAAUACAAGCAUAGAUAGUGGUUUAAUGCCAAGGCCGACGACGGAAGCUCGGGACGGAGCCGUAUGAGACGGAAGUCUCACGUACGGUUCUCUGAGAAGGGAGUGGCUACCUACUGGAGCUUCGACCAACCACCGCCGGUCAAUUCCGCUUUGGAGCCACCCCUUACUCUACCAUUAUUAUAGGAGUUUGGGGUUCAAGACAAAGAAAGAUCAAGGCAGCAUAUCAGUUUUUCCUUUAUACUUUACUUGGAUCUGUUUUUAUGCUAUUAGCUAUUCUGUUGAUUCUUCUCCAAACAGGAACAACCGAUUUACAAAUUUCAUUAACCACAGAAUUUAGUGAGCGGCGCCAAAUCUUUCUAUGGAUUGCUUUUUUCGCCUCUUUUGCCGUCAAAGUGCCUAUGGUACCAGUUCAUAUUUGGUUACCCGAAGCUCAUGUGGAGGCACCUACGGCAGGAUCCGUCAUCUUGGCAGGAAUUCUUUUAAAAUUGGGAACCUACGGGUUUUGUAGAUUUUCAAUACCCAUGUUUCCCGAAGCGACACUUUGUUCCACUCCUUUCAUUUAUACUUCAAGCGCAAUUGCUAUAAUAUAUACUUCCUUGACCACUUUAAGACAGAUCGAUCUUAAGAAGAUCAUUGCUUACUCUUCAGUAGCUCAUAUGAAUUUGGUGACUAUUGGUAUGUUUAGUCGGGCGGCGGCCGUUAGGUCACCUAUUUUGAGUUAUAGUUAUGGACACACAAGGCCAAAACAUGUGUGCCGGGCGUGCGACCCAUCAACCUACUAGCAAUGGGGAAGAAAACAUAGCAUGUCGCAAAAAAAGUUUGAUUCGAGGCGUCAGCAAAACACUGCCGUCUGUUCCAAAAACUAAAAAAAGCCCCUUAGCACCCCGGGGCGGGAGUGGGGGACGGCCCUACGCGCAGGCAAGAGCAGCACCGGCUCUACGAAGUCAGAAUCUAAUCUUUCUGUUGGCUUUUUCCCAAUUCAUUUGUGAAUAAGAAUUGAAGGGCGUAAAGCGAGUGCUUCUAGCUGCUUCGCCUGCUUCUUAUUAUGGCGGCUAUGUUUUCGUGGCGGAAAUGAACGAAAAGCGAUAUGAACGUGCUAUUUUCAAAUCGAUUGAUAGAUAGCCUGAUCUGUUCUGAUAGAUCGAUAGAGAUAGAGAAGGGAAUCUAUCAAGAAUAAGGGGAAAUCUCCUAUUUCUAUCUAUUGAUGAGACAACUAUCUAUUCUUGAUCCAUCAGAUACAUAUCGAUUUCUUUCUAAUGGAGUCUACAUCGUACGUAGAGCGCCCGAGCGCUUUUUAGGCCAGCUCAGUUCUCUUAUCCUUAUCCAUUGGUCCAAUGCACUGGGCUCAUCUCAUGGAGGGAAAAGCCAGUUUGUCUUGUUUGCCGCCUGACCCUUCUCUCCCCGGUAUCGUCCCACACAGAAAGAAAGAGCGCGGAGCCCCGGCCCGACCUGCAGGUCCGCUAACGUAAAGCGAGGAGUUGAGCCUGAACUGGCAAAACGAAGUCACUUUCGGAACCAUACUUCCUACAGCUAACAUGUGUCCAGUCCCGCGGGAACGCGCAGCGCAAAGGAACGUGAGCUGUUAGACCGAAUCCCCCGCUGGCCAUCGGGGACCGAGUGGUAAGGCCAUGAUCCGCAGGGGAAAAUAGAACUCAUUCUUCUAUUGGGGACAGGUGCACGAACGACAACUCCAAACGUCACACACCCGCCGCCUACCUACCGUUUAGGUGACACCAGCGAGAUCCAGCUAAGGUAAGGAACUUCGUGUCGCGGCUCCUCCACUCCGCUGUGGUCUCAUGAACUGAACUUUUAAGCCUUCCCGCCCGCAAAGCGAAUAGACGCUGUGCCGUGGGUAAGUUUUGGGGCGGGGAGCCGCAGAGAGACCAGAAGAAUGAUUCAUUUUGAUCGACGAGCUUUUUUUUGGACCUAGCGAAAAGGACUCUAAGCCUUCAGGCAAGCAAGCGCAAAAGAAGCAAGCAAAGUAGAAGUAGAAGCUUUGCCAGAAGUAAGACGAGGAAGCAGAGCUGUCUACGAAGCGGUAGCUUCCCCCGACCGACUCAAGUACAACAGCAACAGCCGCGACCUACUUUAAUUCAAAACAAAAGAAAGGCGAAGGUUUUGGCAACAAGCAAACGGCUUUCUAUCAUAGUUGCAAUGGAGGGUUCCAACCCUUAAUUAAGUACCAAAGGCUGCUUUCGACUGGUUUCAUAAGGGAGCUGUUCACUACAAGCUAUCAGCGCUCAGCGCUGUCUUAGAUUGAAGGUCGGCUUAUCUUAUUGCCGUUCAAUCUCUAAGUCGGGUUUCCGCUGAGAACGGAAUAAUGCUCGUGUCCAAAGGUAAACAAAGCCCUAGCUUUUAGAGUUCGCCGCUUUUCCCAGGCCGGAGAAGGGCUUAUACUGCUCGCCUUUGUUUGAUAUGUUCAUUCAGUACCAAUACAAACUCAAACUACACUAAAAUAAAAUGGAAGGGAGCGAGUGGAGUAGUAGAAAAGAGUGGAAGGGAAGGUAGAAGUAGCUAGCCUAUAGUAGUCGGCCUAACCAAAGCGUCACGACAACAUAAAAUUAGCCUUAUGAAUUUAAUCUUAAGUAGGGGACUAGCUUGCCUACCAAUCAAAGAGGCUGAGAGUAAGCGUAAGCUCUUCGAGCUUCCCUUCAUUUGCUUCGCGGGAGCCGCACAGCACAUAGCUGGAAGUCAGAGGGCCCAUACUACCUGCCUAACCCCUCGCUCCGAGGGACCGUAGAUCGGAAAGCGCCUUCUAUACCACCCCAUUCAUCCAAAAGAGAAGGGAAGGGGCCUAUGUAUUUGCAUGACCCCUGCAGAUUUAACCCUAUCUACACCCGAAGCCACUCCCCUAGCGGUCCUGCCACCACGUCGCAGAACGGGAGCUCGUGUAGAACCUUUUAUUUCUGGCGUAACGGUGGUAAAAUGUAACAAAAUAUCACACCCGAAGGGCCCGGCACGCACAAUCCUAUCCUAUCCGAGUCCGAGUUUACCCCUUGCACUUCGGACAGCCGCCCAUAGUAGCAUCAUAAGGAGGACCCCCCCUUUCGAGGCCGCUAAGGAAAGAGUAAGGUACAUAGGAAGUUGGUCUUUCUCAACGUGGUGUAUAGCACGAAAACCCUUUCGAUACAACGUUCACAUGAAAGAACAAAUUUUCCUAUCUUCUCUUUCCUUCGGGGAAAAGAUAAAGAGGGUCUUAUGGGGGAGGGGAAAGGCUUGGGCCUACCUAUCCCGAUAGGACCCCAUAAAAAAACGGGAGCUGUUGAAAGGUUCCAUAUUGCCGAGACAAAGGGCAGCACUUCUGUACGUGAUCGUAGUAUGUCACAUCGUCUCGUCCCCGCUGCAUCGAAGAGUACCUAUGCACUAUGUUCCGGUUCACUGAUAAGGAAGAUAGAUUUUGGGUGGGGGUCUACGAUGCGAUACUUAAGUAUGACCCUGGGAGAUAAUGCUAACUAUGGGUAGAAAGCAGGAACCAUUUUGUAAAAAAUUUCGGAGGGGUUACAGAUCUCUUAUACUACCAUCGAUCGACAGAGCGGAACGACCAGAAAAAUAAGUUAAGUUAGAAAGCCGUAUGAUAGGCGGUAACUAUCUUGUACGGUUCGGAGGGUAAUCGGCGUACUCCGAUCAGUGGGGGGAUCUUUUGCUCUAUCGAACAUACAGGGAAUUGGAGGUAGCAUUCUACCGAUGUCAAGUCAUGGACUGGUUUCUUCAGCCCUUUUUCUAUGUGUUGGUGUUCUAUAUGACCGACAUAAGACUCGACUUGUUAGAUAUUACGGAGGUUUAGUGAGCACCAUGCCGAAUCUCCCUACCAUUUUUUUCUCUUUCACUUUGGCUAAUAUGAGUUUACCUGGUACUAGCAGCUUUAUCGGGGAAUUUCUCAUCUUAGUAGGAGCUUUCCAAAGAAAUAGCUUAGUAGCCACAUUAGCAGCGCUUGGGAUGAUUUUAGGCGCGGCCUAUUCUCUUUGGCUAUAUAAUCGUGCGGUUUCUGGGAAUUUAAAACCCGAUUUCCUCCAUAAAUUCUCCGAUCCAAAUGGCAGAGAAGUUUCUAUAUUUAUACCUUUUUUUGUUGGAGGGGCGACCGUUCGUUAAACUACCAAAGAAAUAAGGGUAAACCAAUGUGAUCAUGACAUUGUAGGUGCUUGCAAUGGGACGGAUGCGACUUCCCUCAGUUGGUUUGGGUGGCAUAGCCCGUUGCAAAAGUCCCCCCUUUCUUUUCCAUUUCUUUAGUCUUUGCUUUACUAAACUAAAAAAAGGCUCGCGCUAGGCGCGUACCUUUUUUUUUGUUGAGCCUUAUCGUAUCUUGCUGGGUGAGACCGAUAGAAAGAAAAGACGGGGGGCAACCAUGCAUGGUACUUCUCGACCCUGUCUCCGAGGGACAGUUGAACGAGCGACUCAUGAAUGCUGUCGGGUCGUACGAGCCAAUAACUCGAACGCGUUCGGUCUGUUUUUUGAGCAAGAAUCACAGCCUUACCUUAUCUUCACCAUGAUACGGACUCCAAGUUCUUAUGGCAGAGCACGAGGAGAUAUAUAAUAUAUAUAUAAUGAUGAUGAGAAUGGAAACCAGAAGCACGACUGGGGUCUUCGUGGUCCAAGAAAAUAAAACCAUCAAUAACAGUAACGUAAGCAUGAGACUUUUUGGUAGUACCGGUGAACCAGAUGGCCGCGGCGAGAAAAUCUGGGACGGAGGACUUGUAGUAUCUCUCUUGAUCUGGCAAAAGCGAAAGAACCCCUAACAUAAUUCGAAUGGAGGCUAACCUCUUUUUUUAUUGAUUCAAUACAAUAGGGGAAAAGAUCGUACAGUUCCCUACCGAUACAAACUCUCAACGGAUCCUUCGCGCGCUGGGCAUACCUCUUCCCGCGUCUUUCUCGUGGCAGGAACAGAACAACAGAGAAAGACCCAGCCGACCGGCCCAGGGCUCGAGGGCGCGCUUUCUUUUUUUAAGAGAGAAUGGGGAGUGAAUCGAAAGGCUUCCGUUUCCGUUCUUGGUUUGGGGGCUUUCGGGCCCCGAUCGAUCUUUUUCGUAGUUGAGAAAGGGGGAAAGGGGUCUAAAUCAAUGGACAUUAAUGAACCAUCAUUGAUGGACGUUGCACAUGACACGAUCAAUUCGACUCAAGGUCCGGCGCUAAUAGAAGUUGCUUACUCUCCUAGUAGCGAAGGAAAAGGGCAGGGCUUUUUUCGUAUUAAUAGUGGGCGGGUCUCAUGAGAUCUUUUCUAGGAUUUCUUAUCACGCCACACAUGAAGAUCUUUCCAUUGAAAGAUAAAAGACCUUAAACAAAUUCUUAAAGGUUAGGUUACUACCUGCUUCUACGGAAAAGGUUUACUUUGUACCGCCCGGAGGUCAUAUAGAUCGAAAUCCGGAGCAAUAAGAACGAAAGGGUUGGUGUGGCCACAGCUAUGACUACUGGCGCUUCAAAAGGCUUAGAUUCUAAGGGCGCUACUGAAACCCUUCCCCUAUUUCUUUUAAGCAUUUCAGUCUCUAUUUGGCCCGCUUCAAACAAAAUGAGAAAAGCGGUCAAUAGCAUAGCUCUUUCUUUCCCCGGCCUCCUUUCGAAGGAGAGGCGCUCGUAUUCCUAAUCCGGUAGGGCCGGACGGCUUUGUUUGGCCCCAGCUUGGCGAAUCGCAUCCCCCGCACAACGACAUUAUUUGUGCGCCCCUUACCGUUCUCGCUUAGUCUUUCAACGGCUGGGAAGGCAGUGGUAGAAGCGAAGCCUAUGGCCACGCCGACCAUCAAAUAGGAUAUUGGGCUCCUUCUCAAAGAUUUGAUGGAAUGGCCUAGCCCACCCAAGAGUGCUUAUGUCAUUGGGGAACUCAUGGCUGGAAACAAUCCUUAUGGUUUGUUUUGAUAUCCGGUAGGAAUAAUCAAAAUGAAAGUCCAGGUUGGUUGGUGAGCCUAGUGAUAGGAGACUAUCUAGCUUGGUUCGGAGAGCACUUGUUGGGUUAAAGAUUAUAUUGUUGCUAAAUCUUACGGCCUAAAUGCUGAACUAUUGACUCUACUUGUUUGGAUGGGUGUUCACCCCAAAGUGUUCCCGGACCGCAUGCAUACAUCCGUAAGUAACUUAGUGCAACAUGGCAAAUUUCAUUGA